AUGGCUGAACCCACCAGACCUGUGAGGAAGAUUCGGGUCUUUUGUUACGAUUCGGAUGCUACUGAUACUGAUUCAUCAGCUGAUGAAAGUAUGAUUGAAAAGAGGCCUAAGAGAUUUCUUAGGGAGAUUAUUCUCCCUAUUGUGGAGUUGAUAAGGCAACCUGGUCUCAGGCAGAGGAAAUGGGGAAAAUGGGCUGCAGAAAUUCGCAACCCGUUUAAGGGAAAGAGGAUCUGGUUGGGUAAUUAUUUUAUAAAGGAAGCUUCAAGAGCCUAUGAAGCGAAACGACUUGGAUUUGAAGCUAGGGCCAUGGUUGAUCAAAGUGCGUCUGAGAAGUGUUCUAAUGUCAAUCAUGAAUAUAAUAAUCAGUCUAGCUCAAUGGCGGUUUCCCAGCCACAUAAUCAAAAUGACAUUCCUUCUUGUAUAUUUGAGGACUCUGCUGAAAGCCUGGUUGGAGUGAGACGGAUCUGCUACUCCGGCUAUGGCUUCUGUGGAUGGUGA